CGAGCGGUGCCAUGGAGGAGGCGCCCAGCCCCGCGCCCGGCCCCGCGCUCGGGGACUGGGACUACCUGGAUCGCUGCUUCGCCCGCCACCGGGUCUGCAUCUCCUUCGGCCUGUGGAUCUGCGCCUCCUGCUGCUGGAUCGCCGCCCAUGCGCUGCUUCUUUACCUGAGAUGUGCAAAGAAAUCUGGACAAAGCCAGUCAGCACUGUGUUCUGCAUGCUGUCUCCUGAGUAGUCUGUGUGAUACCAUCGGGGCGAUUCUGGCCAGACAGCUUGCCAUCCAGGUUUUCACUGGUGCCUACCUGGCAGCUGUUGACUUAGUGAGCUUUCUGUUCAUUCUCUUCCCAGUCUGCAGAUCCAAAUCUAACUCGGGGCAGGACACCCGGGAGAGAAAGAGGAGGCGGCUCAGGGCCACUGUGUUUGUCCUGACUCUGCCGCUGAGCCUGGGCUCAAGCUGGGCUCUCUGGGCUUCUGUGCCCAAGAUUUCAACCCCUGUUCGAGGCUCACAGCGGAGGCUGUUGGGGAAAUUGCUGCAGGACAACACUGAAGUCUUCGGUUACCUGCUGGGCGGUAUUGCUGCCCUCGGUUCCUGGGCAUCUCGCAUCCCCCCACUCUCCAGAAUUUGCCAGGGGAAGUCACUCCCCUUCAUCCACCUGUGGACGCGGUUCCUGUCGGCUCUGGCUGGCCUCCUCUAUGCCUCAGCCAUUGUAGCCCAUGACCGGGAGCCUGAGUACCUGCUACGGGCCACGCCCUGGUUCCUGACUUCCCUUGGAAGGGCUUCGCUGGACCUCACUAUUAUUUUCCUUUCAUGUGUGAUGAAGAGCAAGAUGAGAAGGGCCUUUGGAUUUACCACAGAAACCAGAGAGGGCCCCGACACCCAAGCCCUCCUGACCUGUGCAGAGAAAGAGGACGACCACCAAGAGGCCAGCAGUGAGGACAAGAUGUCUCCUUUCUGUCUUCCUGUCUCCUCUCAAAAGAAUUCAGAUUGGGUGCCACUCACCACCCUGUCCCACUGCAAGUCUCUGAGGACAAUGACAGCAAUCAGUCGUUACAUGGAGCUCACCAUCGAACCUGUACAGCAGGCAAGCUGCAGCGCCACCAGGUUGCCAGGUGAUGGACAGAUGAUUGCAGGCGAUGCGUCCCUGCAGGAGCCUCCUUCGUACCCUCCCGUCCAGGUCAUCCGGGCCCGAGUGUCCUCCAGCAGCUCCUCUGAGGUCUCCUCCAUCAGCUCCGACCUGGAGCAGAAGUAUUGGGAAGCCCUAAACUUGGAGCAGUGGGACCCUGAAGAUGUGAAUCUUGAAAUGAACAGAGACAAUAUGGAGAUCCUCAGAUCCCAGGUGCACAGGGCCUCACAGAGGCCCAUGGACUUGACCCCCUGAUGAUUUCUAUCUUCAGCAGUCAGUGCGUCAGCUCAGAGCCUAAGGUCAGGCACUUAUCAGGAUUGAGCAAGAUCAAACUACAGUGACAUCUGUGGCAGGAGCUGAAGCUGUUGAGAUAACUGAGAGCUGUCACUGAGCUUGGCUGGUCAGGAUGGAACUAUGACUCUGGGUCCUAUAGAUUGACCUAAACAUGCACGGUUUGUUCUGAAGAUCAGAAUUUCAAAGAUGGCCCCUGCUUUGUAAAUAUAACACCUGUAUUAUUUGACUGAAGGACAUUGGACUGGAUGUGGUGGCACAUACCUGUAAGCCAAGCACUUGGGAAGUUAAGAUAUAAGGAUCAUGAGUUGGAAGCCAACCUAGGCUAUUUAGCAAAACCAGACUUAAAAUGGGGGUGAGAAUUGGAGGAGCCUUCAGAUCCUGUUUCCUGUCCUCUCUUUUCCUCAGUUCAACCAUCAACAGAUGACAUGAGUUCAACUAACAAAUAGCUGUUGUGUGUGGAUCUUAGCAGCGCCCCUGCUGUGAGACCUGGCUCAGCUCAGGAAUGCCAUGCAUCUGCUGAGGACUUGUGCCACAGGCACAUGACCAGCCAACACCUGCCUUCCACUCUGUAGCCACUCUCUGCAGCUAUGCAGUGGCCUGCUGGGUGAGCCAGGUGGCUGGGAGAUAACUGGUUUUGCAAGAACAAACAAAGCUCUAGGUAACAGGACUCCCUGCAGCCUGGCAAAGCGUGUGCUGAAGCAGAGUUUGCAUAUGAAAGAGCUGGUGUGCGGGAGAAAAUGAGAAGCCUGCAAAGCCUGAGGACACACUGGGAAGUGUCAAAUUCAAGCACAACAUUACUUUGGUACGGUGAUCAUAAGCGCUGGGGUGAAAGGGAAUGGGACCAGGUGGGAGCAAACGCUGACAUGAAUAAAUGGUGUCUGAAUGCGUUGAAGGAUCUCACUGUGGAGCACAGUGGGAAGGCUGUGUUCCAGCAUGGUCACAGCAGUCUGACACAAGGGCAACUGGAAAAACGCCAGGAGACACAGCUCCAUUCCUGGCAGAACCACAAUGACCUGUGUGACUCAGCAGCCACUGCCCCGUUCUUCUGAGGGGUGGCACGAGCCCUGGCUGUGGGAAGAG